AUGAAGCCCCGCAAGAAGCCGAUCCCUCGUGACAAAAACAGCUUCUGCAGUGCGGCCUUGCAGCUGUUGGCCGGAUCCCAGGGAUCCCAGGUGCAGACCAGGUCACUGGCGCUCCAAAAGGAUGCAGCCGCACGGCCGGAUCGCCGGCGCAUUCGCUGGAACAUGGGGCCAUGCCAACACAACACCUGGGUUUUGGCCCUAGCGCAGUUAGAUCUGGAAGCUGAAGUUGAUAGCCUGAGACAGUGGCGGGGCUUUCAGAUCGGAUCCAAUUGCUUCAUCGUUCGCAUGAAUGUGGAGUUCUGUCACGACAAGCACCAGCUUGCAAAGGUCUUGCAAGAAGUGCCUUCCGCCGCUGGUUGGGUACCUGAGACCUACUUGAGCAUUGAGGACUUUGUGAACUCUGGGCAACAUGAAGGCACUUCCUCGUGGUUCCUGAAGAUCUCGGACGUGGACUACGGCUGCGGCGUGCGCAGCUUCCGCUGCCCGGUGCAGCGCGAGGAGCUCCGGCAGCUCUUGGAGCUGAGCCGCCUGGAGGCGCAGCAGGCACUGGGACAGCUGCGGCGAGCCAAAGGUUGCAAGCCGCGGGAGCUCGGAGAUCAGAUUGUAAUCCAAAAGGCGAUCAAGACCUUCGGGCAGGUGAACUAUGACCAAGGAUUUCCAGGUCUUCACUACAAAGAAGACCUGCGAGUUUAUGUGUGUUGCAGCGUCAACUUGCCGCAUCAGGUCUUUGUCUACCGGCGACUUGGGCUGCGCCGCGCGCCCAAACCACUGGAUGGCACUUUGGAUCGAGAAGUGCAGUGCACACACUACGGACACAUCACACCGUCCGAAUCGGUGACGGAGUGGCCACUGUAUGACGUCAUGUUUCCGCAGAUUUGUGAAGCCGUGAAAAAUGUGAUGACAGUGGUCACCCCAGAGCUGGAAGACAGAUGCUGCGUGCUCCUUGGGAUGGAUUUUAUUUGCGAUGAUCGGCCGUACCUGCUGGAAAUCAAUCAAGUACCACGCUUGUGCUAUGACGAUCCUCGUGUUCAAGCCUGGACUCAGCGCAUGGCGGUGGAGUUUCUACGCUUGGUGGUCCUUGGAAGCGUCGAAACCAACGGCUGGGUGCGGCUCUGA